AGAGCCAAGUGUGGAAUGGCCUUUCCAGUGAGGCGAAACACGUGCAGCCAUAACGUCCCAUCGCUUUUCUUCGACAUCAAUUUUGCAUGAGUAGAUGGCUGAACCGCCUCCCCCUCUGUAUGGAGGAAUAAACACGAGUUUCCACAUUCAUAUUUGAUUUUGCUUGGCGAUUUGGAAAUGAAAUAAUUAGACCAGAAACGAUGGACUGCUCGGCUAUAGAUAAAUAACCUCUGGACGUGUACUGUGACACUUCCCGAAACAUGUUACACUGAGUUAAUUGGACAGUUCUGCCCUCAUGCCAGCGUUCUCUGGAAUGCAACAACAAUUCCUUCUGCUUCUUUUCCCUUGUCUUCUGUCUCUAGUCUCUCAGAAUGCUCAUAAUUUCAGGAAAUUUAGUUUUGAUUUUAAAUGGUCUCCCAAAUAUCAGUGAAAGACAUUUGCUCCAUUGGACAUUCUGUACUGAUGGAACUGGCUUCUCUAUUUAUCACCAUAAAAAUCAGCCACAGACCAACGUGGAAGAUAUCGGUAAUUCAAGUUUCUCUUGGAUAUGAAAAAAUGCUGAAAUACAUGUUUUUCUUUUAAAAUAUAUAUAUUUUUUAAUAGUUUUGUUUGCAGCGAAUAUAGCUGCUAAUCUGAUGCCUCGGGGGGGGGAGAAGCAGUGUGGGCCGCUCUUCUCUGGAAAGGGUCGUGUCUCUUUAAAUAUGCUCACAGGAAUACUUUGAACAUGCAUAUGGCCAUAAAAAAGAGAUGAAGCUUGAAGUCGUCCACACAAACAGGCAUUUUGAAUUAUACAGCAGCAGCUUCCUGUAUUUUACACUUGCAGAGAGGGAGGGAGGCUCAGCGGAGUCCAGACGGCGGAGCCCGACUGGAGGAGCAACAACAAGUUUCUAGCAUCUCUGCUUCUAUUUUCUUUUUCAGUUCUUCCCUCCAAUCUAUUGUUUCUCCAAAGUAAGAAUGCUGUUUUACAUUGUGUGUCUGCUGUGGACGUCAUCUGUCAUAUUUCUGCAAUGCAGGUCUGUGCUCUGUAAGGACAUGAAGCUCCCCAGCCGGGCGGCCAAGCCCCCCUCUCCAUCGGACUUCCUGGACAAACUGAUGGGACGCACAUCUGGCUACGACGCUCGCAUCCGACCCAACUUCAAAGGUCCUCCGGUCAAUGUCACCUGUAACAUCUUCAUCAACAGCUUCGGGUCCAUCACUGAAACUACCAUGGACUACCGACUCAACGUAUUUCUGAGACAGCAAUGGAAUGACCCUCGUCUGGCAUAUAAAGAGUAUCCGGAUGACUCUCUGGACCUGGACCCGUCCAUGUUGGACUCCAUUUGGAAACCGGACCUGUUCUUCGCAAAUGAAAAGGGAGCAAACUUUCACGAGGUUACAACGGACAACAAACUGCUACGCAUAUUCCAAAAUGGAAAUGUCCUCUACAGCAUCAGGCUGACACUUACCCUUUCCUGUCCGAUGGAUCUAAAAAACUUCCCCAUGGACAGCCAGAAGUGUACGAUGCAGCUUGAAAGCUUCGGCUACACCAUGAAUGAUCUCAUUUUUGAAUGGCUGGAUGUGGGAGCAGUGCAGGUGGCCGAUGAUCUGACGCUCCCUCAGUUCGUGCUAAAAGAGGAGAAAGGCCUUGGCUACUGCACAAAGCAUUACAACACAGGUAAAUUCACCUGCAUUGAGGUCAAAUUCUACCUGGAGCGUCAAAUGGGCUACUACCUGAUCCAGAUGUACAUCCCCAGCCUGCUCACCGUCAUCCUGUCCUGGGUGUCGUUCUGGAUCAAUAUGGAUGCGGCUCCGGCCCGAGUGGGACUGGGGAUCACCACGGUGCUCACCAUGACGACGCAGAGCUCCGGCUCCAGGGCCUCCCUGCCAAAGGUGUCCUACGUGAAAGCCAUAGACAUCUGGAUGGCCGUGUGUCUCCUCUUUGUGUUUGCCGCACUGCUGGAGUAUGCGGCCGUUAAUUUUGUCUCCCGGCAGCACAAGGAGUUCUUCAGACUGCGGAAGAAGCUCAAAGAGCAACAGCGGCAGAGAACUCAGGCGAGCGGUGACACUAAGGCGAAGGGGAAAAACACGGCAGGGAACAACACUCCUCACGGCAACACAGCGCAUCAGUGCGCUGCAUGUGCGCGGGAGGAGGAGCUGGUGCAGCAGGGUUUACUCUUCCAGAGCUUUGGACUUGCACUGUCAGCAGAAAGUGCGCCGGAGAUGGAUGCCACGCCGGUCUUCGCCGAUUUACCUCCUGGUUUAGGCUUCUAUGACAUUCGCAGGCGCUUUGUGGAUCGGGCCAAAAGGAUCGAUACGAUCGCCCGAGCUGUUUUCCCCAUGAGCUUCCUCAUGUUUAACGUCCUCUACUGGCUUACCUACAAAGUCCUACGGCACGAAGACCUUCUAGCCAAGCUGUGACAGUAGGACUGAGGACUUUAAAGACACUGGAUACCUUUUUUAAUUCUUCCCCUCUUCAUUGAAACAUUUAACGGCUGAGAGUACUCGGCUGUGCCAUGAGAAAGGCGUUGUGACUGCGUGUCCAGUGCCAUUGGGACAUUCCAUGACAGACCAUCUGUUUCCUUAAAUUUUUUAAUACCUCCAAAGAAAUGCACUUUUUCUCAGUAAGGGUGCGCCAUGCACCCCACCUCGUUAUACAGAAUGUGUGCAGUCAGCAUCCGCUCACACCUUUUUCCAUGUGAAGUUUCUGUAGUUUCAAUGUUGCAGAUCCUCACCAGACAUGAAUCUUUUAUUCCUUUUUAUUUUUAAACUGUUACAUGUUUCAUAGAUAGCAUCGGCUUAAUCGGGAAUUGCACCGUGCAACAGUAGGAACAUCUUCUUCCUCACUUAUUCCUAACAGGCAUUUUUUUGUUUAUCAGGUGGCAGCAGAAAUCAGAUGCAAUGCAACAACUAUUUUAUCCCAAAUAUUUAACAAUUCAAACUCUACGAAAGGCCGCCUAUAUGUGUGAUAAAUACUGAAAAGAAUCGUUUCCUAAUGAUGUUUCAAAUUUGUAAAUGUUUUAAUUUUAUAUUUACUACCUGAAGUAAUUGAAGGGUACAUUCACUAUUUAGAUGUGAUUAUUAUUCUUAGAUAUGUGAUGUAAUGGCAUGGCACACACGCCGAAGGCAGUAUUUUUGGUCUUCAUCAACCAAAUUUAUCUAAACUAUUUGACAUCUUCAGUUUGGAAUUGAUGUUUAACGGUUAUCCACACAGAAUAUAUUGUCUGUAUCUUUUUUUAUGUUUUAUUUUACAAACAAAUGUGUAUGCAAAAUUGUUUCUCGGGUCAACAUAAAAUAAAGAAAUACUUUUAAUUGAAAUAAAGAAUGCAUCAUAGUGUGACCUUUUAUCAUGAAUGACCUUUUUUAAACUAUAAUUUUUCAUUGUAUAUAUGUAAUAUGAGAAAUGUUUUCCCAUAUUUCUCAUGUUUUUAAAUCAAAGAAUUACACAACUAUGACAAGAGUGGGAGUCAAACCAACGAGCAAGCGGCACUCACUUGAUUUUUGUCUUCCAACUAACACUUUUCACUAAUAAGGUCAUUUUCAAUGCUCACUUGAUUUUAUGAAGUAAAAUUGCGUAACGAAACAAUAUCAUUUUAUUUAACUGUUCCCAUGAUCAACUCGCUGUGUGGGUUUUUAACACAUUAACAUGUUGCCACUAAAUUAUUUAUUAGUACGCAUGUCUGUAGACUGAAACUAUUUCCAGAAACCUAGUCUCAUUUUAAAAAUAAAUCAUGUUAUAAAAUAAAGCUGUCAUUCAUAUUGCA